CAACCGACUUUCCUUUUCAGCUUGCUAAAGUAUUUACUAAUUAGUUAGAGGCCCCUAAGCGCUGUUAUAGCAACCGACAGAGUGCGCUAGUGCGCGAAUUGGGACACGUCCUUCGCGUUGGCGAGUUUGACGCUUCUGCUCCUGGAAGUUGAGGUGAAGGAGUGGCUGUGAGGAGGAUGUGGACCGGGCAGAAGCGAGGGAUCCACGUCACCCAGGCCGAACUGCUCUGCAAAGACGGCUGUGGGUUCUACGGCAACCCGGCCUGGCAGGGCUUCUGCUCGAAAUGCUGGAGAAAGAGGACGCGCAUAAGUGACACCAGCAAAGAAGAUCCUGGCCUCCAAGAUGACGCCGGUUCCGAGCUUCACUCAUCCAAACCCGAAGAGAAGAAAAUCGCAGAGAAAAGCAGACGUUCCAGCAUCAAGCGACUUUUCUGGGGAAGUUCUUCACCACCGAGGCAAGAUUCACCUGAAGCCCAGGAAGCAUCCCUGAAGGCCUUUCAGAGCCUGGAGCCUGGUAAUUUCACAGGCUUUCUGAAACUCCUGCAUAAGCCAAACUCCCAGCGUCUGCAUUCCGGCUGCAUGUCCUUCCUCAACACCAUCGAGGCGUACCAUAACCUCGCUGUACAGAAGCAGUCUGACCUGGUGCAGGAUUUUUACCAGAACAUCGCUGGUCACUUCAGCGGUCUCCCUGAGUUUCAGGUUUCUCAGAUGAUGGAACACGUCGAGAAGUUGAUCAUGACCCGUCUUCACAAGUGGGUCUUCUGCCAUGACAGCUGUGAUGACGAACAGAAGGACCUAACGCUCCAGAGAAGGAUCAAGUCGUUGAACUGGGUCACUCCUGAGAUGCUGCGUGUGCCUUUUCCACAAGGUGGCGUGGACACCACUGACCCGUAUCUUCCUGCAAUCACAGCCAUCAUCGAGAUGGACGCCAAGCGCGCGCCCCAGGAUAAACUGGCCUGUCUGUCUAAGUGCAGUCAGCGCAUCUUUCAGGCGCUCGCGUCGGAGAACAAGCAGCCGGCGAACGCCGACGACUUCCUGUCCGCUCUGAUUUACGUCGUACUGAGGGGCAACCCGCCGCGUUUGCACUCCAACAUCAACUACAUCGUCCGCUUUGGCCUGCCGCACAGCCUGAUGGCGGGGGAGAGCGGCUACUACUUUACUAACCUGUCGUGCACCGUGGCCUUCAUUGAGAAGCUAGACGGCCCGGCCCUUAACCUCACCCCGGACGAGUUUAACAGUUACAUGCAGGGUCGGAGAGCACCUUCCGAGCCGACGGAGCACGCCGGGAAGAGAAGAGCUCAGGAGAACCGGGAGCAGCUGGAAAAACUCCAGACGCGCCAGGAAAAGGUUGAGCAAGGCGUACGCGCUCUUCAGGAACAGCUGAAUCUGUGGGUACGUUCCGUGCAGGAGCAGAUAGACAAGGUCAUGUCCGAGUCAGUGCUGGUGCUGAAGGACGACGCCGAAGCUCAGCCUGGAGAGACCGUCUGCUGAGUGUCGGUGUGCUGAAUCUCAAUAUGAAGAAUUUACGCGCCAAAUAAAUGGUACAGUCGUUUUUUUUUUUUUUUUUGCCGUUAGAUAUAAAAUAUUCAACGAAGGAAACAUUCCGUUUCGACACAGAUAAUCAAGUGCCUCGAUUUGGAUCUUUUUUUCUUCAGUACAGUACACACUCAAUAUUAUCGUAUGUUUUAGGGUUUUCAUUAGAACCUUUUGUAGGAUCUCAGGGGGUUUCAUUUAUGGUUCAUUUGUGGUGCGUUUGACCUCCAGUGACUUGCAGGUUACAGUUAAAAGCUGCUCUUCAAACUUUAGGCUGCAGUAAAUCAGCACAGUACAAUAAAUACGUUUUAGAAGAAUCUCAGCCACUCGACACUAAGGCUGGACGCUGGACGCUGUUGCCCGGAUUCACUGUGGAAAACUAUGCAGGUCGGCAUUUAAAACAUUUCCACAUUAUGAUCCGGGUGUAAGUGCAGCCUGGGUUUGGUGGAAAUUGUAUUAUGGAGGAUUUAAAGCGGUUUUGAAGAUCAGCACCACUACAGAAUUUUCUUCCGCCAGACAAACGUGUGUUUAAGUAGCUACACGUCAUGGAGGGGAAACAAAUAAACGUUUUCUGAUUUGGUAAAUUUUCUGUUCGGUACAAAAAAACAAAAAAAAAAAAGCAUGUGCUAGCUGGAGAUGCCCAAAAGUUUGUGGACACCUGACCAUAAGUUUCAUAAUGUGAAUUUGCCACGUUUCCACAUUCAGAUCCAUGUUCGUGGGAACAGUUUGAAGAACCACCUACGGGUGGAAACAUCAGGUGUCCCAAUACUUUUGUUUCUUUUGUGUACAGAUGCAGUAUGUGUCAGUGAUGUUCAACGCCGUCUCUCACUGGAAGCAGUGGUGACAUUGUUCUAAAUGGUCAGUAGAUGCAUUCCAGUGUCUCAGGAGUGUGUGUCCACUCUGUUCCUGCAUUGAAUUAUGAUGUGGUUAUAAAUGAAGAACUGUGAACUCGAUUUGUAUCAGUUCCAUCGUUUCUCUGGUUAUGAAAUGGAUUAAAAUGAAGAAAAUGAGAAUAAAGGAAUGUAAAAAUGAACAUUUAAAUAAAAAUAAUUUUGCA